AAGCCCUUUGAUGCCAUCGUAGACCAAAACACUCAUACAUUCCAACCUAACCCAGUCCCUUUUUUCUCUCUCUCUCUCUAACACACACACACAAAGAAAGAUGAAAAAAAAAGAAUAGGCAAUGGAAAUAGAGGGAAGCCAAGCGGUGGUGGCAAACAAGGUAUGGAACAUAGUAAGAGUAUUAUUCUUCAUGUUGAGAAAGGGAAUAGCGAAGAGCAAACUGGUCAUGGAGUUCCAUUCCAUUCUGAAACGAGGCAAACUCGCCGGUAAGGCUUCUCACCACGAUUACGAGUUCAGCUGCAGCAACAGCCCCGCCGUCAAAGUCAACCGUUUACGCUCCACCAUCAAACGCACCAAACACCACUCCAAAUACGACGACGUUUCAACCCUCACCGCCGUUCAGAAAGUCCUUGACAUGUUGAAUAACACUGAUCAAAACAAGGUUGACGCUUCGCCUCUCGUCACAUUGUCAGGGUUCGGUAAGAGCCCUAUUGGGAAACAGUUGAGGGUUACCGAUUCACCCUUCCCUCUCAAGGACGAAGAAGGUGAUAACGGCCAAGUUGACAUGGCUGCCGAGGAAUUCAUCAGGAGGUUUUACAAGGAACUCAACAUGCAGAAAAAACUCGCUCUUGAGUCUCCUAAUUACCAUAACUACUACUCUACUUGAGACAGAUAGUAAGAUGAACAAUGAAAACACCACUACUUCACCUUCUUUCUACCUUUAAUAAUUUGUCAUGUAAAUCUCAGCGUAUAUAAGUCACAAGCAUCGGCACCUACCUUCCUUCCACCUAUUUUUAGCUGCUAUAAAUGUCGAUCAUCAUCGUCAAAGUAAUUACUUGGUCAAAUUGAUCAUUAGCACGUGGCAUCAUACUCAUCAUUACUGGCACAACCGGAUGCUGAUGACUACAAUCGCGUGAUGAAUUUUGGUAUUGUUUUGACGUUUAAUUUAAUUAAUUUGGUGGUCCAUCUCUAGCAGUUUCUUUUUCUCUCUGGAUCGGAUAAUGGAUCAAGGCCAGGUUCUUGGGAAGGUGCUGCAAUUCUGCAUGAUGAUGCUUAAUUAAUUUCUUAUUCUAUGCUUUUGAUAAUAAUCUUGUUUCGGUUCACUACACCCUGAUUUGGUGUUUUUGGACUGUUUAUUAUCUUUUCAUACCUGUAUUAUCACAUAUCAUUGGAGUUUAAUUGUUAAGUUGGUUGAUGAAAUAAAGGCAAAAGAUCGAAAAAUAUAAAUGAAAAAAAAGAAGAAGCAGGUCUACAUGUAUAGUGUUUGUGCCUGUCUUGCUGAUGUGGUUAAGAAUUUUACUCUCCAUUCCCAAUAAAGGAAAAGGAUGCCACCUACUACUAUGACUUUUUCAAAAUAAAGUGGGAGAUAUAAAAGCAAGAGCGUUAUGUUCGUAGUGGUUGUAUGUUUGUAAGAAAAUAAAUGACCAGCUUUCCAAGGUUGGUGAGUUGUAAAAUUUUGCUUUAUUAAUGACUUCCCUUUAUGUGCGUUUUCUUUCAUUCAUA